AAUGGCGUAUAAAGACACUUGAUUCUUUUCAUUUACGUCGUUAGUUUUACGCGAAAGAGCCAACAGUUUCGAUCGAAAAACGACAAAGUCUGAAAUGGUAGGUCCAUUACGAAAAGAUGGACAACCCGACAUGCGAUACAAGAGCAAUCGUGAGAGUGGCAGCAGCAAUUCUGUCGUUCAGAAACCCGCCCCCACCACCAGUAGCUUCUAUUCGUCAGUCAACGAUAGGUAUGACCGUAAUCCACCUGGCCCGCUUAGAAAAGACGGGCAGCCGGACAUGCGCUAUGCAGCAAACAAGAAACAUGUCGUCGAAAACAACGUUAAAAUUCCAGAGAAAACUCCUAUAACAAUUACGAAAGCAAUUGAUCUAUCUGUUCCAUCGCGAAUAAAGGACGGCCAACCUCACACGCGAUACGAGUGCAACAUCGUAGAGGAAGAGUAUCCACCUGGUCCGCUCAGAAAAGACGGAAAGCCGGACAUGCGCUAUGCCGCAAACAAAAAUUGUGUCGCUGAAGACAACUCCGGAAAUUUCUUUGGAAUUUCGACAAGAAUUACGAAAUCAACUGAUCCGUCUGUGCCAUUGCAGAUAAAGGACGGCCAACCUCGCACGCGAUACGAGUGCAACAACGUAGAGGAAGAGUAUCCAUCUCGUCCGCUUGGAAACUUCAGAGAUUUCGUUCGAAUUUCGACAGCAAUUACGGAAGCAACUGAUCCGUCUGUUCCAUUGCGAAUGAAGGACGGCCAACCUCCCAUGCGAUACGAGUGCAAGAAAGAAGAAGAAGAGUAUCCACCUGGUCCGCGUAGAAAAGACGGACAGCCGGACAUGCGUUAUGCCGCAAACAAAAAAUAUGUCACCGAAGAAAUCUUCAGAGAAUUCCUUGGAAUUUCGACAGGAAUUACGAAAUCAACUGAUCCGUUUGUGCCAUUGAAGAUAAAGGACGGCCAACCUCAUGUGCGAUACGAGUGCAACAAAGUAGAGGAAGAGUAUCCACCUGGUCCACUUAGAAAAGACGGACAGCCGGACAUGCGAUAUGCCGCAAACAAGAGAUAUGUCGCUGAACGAGACGCGAAUCAAGUUACGGCGAACAAGGAAAGUGCAGAAAAUGUAAAAGAGAACGACAUGGGGAACGUGGAAGUCAAUUGUGGACUUAUAAAUGCGUGGAGUCUUUUUCCUAAAAGAGACGAGCUGAAAGAGAAAAUAGAAAAGUCGAAAUUAGACUUUGUCACUGUCACAGAAACCUGGAAAAUGAGUGAUAAUUCCCAAUUGAAUACCAACCAAGAAACAAACGAGAGGCAAGGCGGUGGAGUUGCCCUUUUUUACCGAGAUAGCAUCAAAAGAACUCCCCGUUCCCGCAAACAUUACGAAACAUUCGAAUGCCUCGAAACUUCCCUUGACGUAGGCGCGGAAAAAAAAAUUAGGCUCCUUAGCAUCUACAGACCGGAUAAAAUACAUCUACAGAUCGCCGAAAAUGACAAAAACUUUUGGAAACUUCCAAUUUCCGGAAUUUCCAAAAUUUUUUUGGAGGAGUUUAAGUCUCUUUUAGCAGCAUCGAACACAAGCAAAGAAACCCUAUGCAUCACUGGCGACUUAAAUGUGCACGUUGAGAAUCCCAAAUCAUCCAGAGUAAAAGAAUUCCUCCAAUUAAUAAAAUCGUACGGCCUCGUGCAACACGUCAAGAAACCAACGCACGAAGAUGGCGGAACUCUCGAUUUGAUCAUAACUACGCCUGAUUUGUUGGUCAAAAAGGUUCGAGUUAGUGAAUUUCCCAGUGAUCACAAAUUUGUUGAGUUCAAGAUCCAGACAGAAAAGAAAAAGGAAGACAUCAUCAAGAAGGAAGAGUAAUUUUUAAAAGCAUUAUCUAAGAUAUAAUAUGGCAGGGAAACGUUUCAAAACAGUAUUGUUUAUGUUUUGAAGAGAAAUAUUAAAGUUGCCCAGGUUAAUGUUUGAUUCAUUUUGUAUAGUAAGCUAAGGUAAUCGUGUAUCCCAGCCACACAACUUAAAGAUGGUGCUGGCGCUUGUCUCCGCAAGAGACGACACAUUCGAAAACUCGAGCCAUCAGAAACCCUAAAGUAAACUAAGAUCUCUGACUGGCAAAUCAAUGGCAAUUACAUUGUUUUAGGUGACUUUACAUACAGUGAUUCCAACGGCUCUUCCAUCGCCGUUUGUUGGUACAAUCAGAGAAACACGUCAACAGUAAAUAAAUAAGAAGCUUCCCUUAUA